GGACACUACAACACCGUGACGUCAUUGCGGCGGAAGGAAGCGUGCGGCGGAAGGAAGCGUACGUCCGUUGCUGGAACGCUGGCGUGCGUGUCAGUGUGCAUGCACUGUGUGUCCUGUGUAUCUCCCUCCAGUCAGAACUGCAGUCUGCGCGCUCUCAGGGGUCCUGGGCUAGGGCUGUCGGCUGCCGUCACCGGCUUUGUGGUAUUUCAACAGAAUGCCCAAAUACACUGGAUUAACACUCGGCGUUGCCUCUCUGGUGGGUACUACAGUGGGGUGUCUUGUUCUGUGGAAGCUUAUUAAACGUCGGAGAAAGCAGUUGUGUGCUAAUGGUGACCACAAAGACUUGUGUAGUGGGCUAAGUACUGCAACUUGGGACCCUGUUCUGCAAAAACCUUCGGUGGUAGAACUCCCCGUCUUCUCUGCGGUUGAGAAGAUUCUGCAGGCAGAUAUCAAAAUAGUGUCUAAGACUGAAGAAUGGGAAGCUGCUUGGCCUUUGCUAAAGAAAGAUCUUGAUGAGUUCCCGGUGCUUGGCAUGGAUUGUGAGUGGGUAUCUGUAGAAGGGAGAGCAAAUCCUAUUUCCCUGCUACAGAUGGCUUCCCACAGCGGCUUUUGCAUCCUGGUCCGUCUUCCCCACUUGGCCAUCGCUGACCGUACCAUUCCAAAGACUUUACUCACUCUCCUGGCAGACGGCAGUAUCCUGAAGGUUGGUGUGGGUUGCUGGGAAGAUGCCUCUAAACUGAUGACUGGUUUUGGCCUUUCCGUGAAAGGAAUCGUCGAUAUCCGUUACCUGGCUAUGAGACAUAGGAGAGACAUUUUUCAGAACACUUUGAGUCUUAAAUCUCUGUCGGAGACCAUUUUGUGCCACCCACUGGACAAGUCGUUUCAUCUUCGAUGUAGUAACUGGGAUGCAGAAGAGUUCACGCAGGACCAGGUUCUGUAUGCUGCCCGCGAUGCCCAGGUUUCCGUUGCCCUUUUCCUACAACUUCUUGGGUUCUUUUCUCCAGAGUCUCCCACUCCCUGGGAAUACUUCCUGGGAAAAUGCCAAGGGUUAAUUGAUGCUCCGUUUAAAGGGAAAGGCGUUGCUAAUGGAGACUUAAACGGGGGACCAAAAAGGAAGAAAGAAGGUCCCUAUGAGCCGUCAAGUCAGAACUCUGAAGGCAGGGAUCCCCGCCGCAACAAAAAGAAGCCUCUGGGUGUGGGAUAUUCUGUAAGGAAGUCACCGUUGUAUGAUAACUGCUUUCUUCAUGCCCCUGAUGGACAGCCGCUCUGCACCUGUGAUAGAAAGAAGGCCCAGUGGUACCUGGACAAAGGCAUCGGUGAUCUGAUUAGCAGUGAUCCAUUUGUUGUGAGACUGCGAUUUGAGCCCUCUGGCCGUCCUGAGUCCAAUGUGGACUAUUAUCUGACUGUAAAGGAAAAUUUGUGUGUAGUCUGUGGCAAAAGGGAGUCUUAUAUACGGAAGAACAUUGUGCCCCACGAGUACAGGCGCCAUUUCCCUAUACAGAUGAAGGAUCACAACUCUCAUGAUGUCCUGCUACUCUGCACAUCUUGUCAUGCUGUGUCUAAUUACUAUGACGGCAACUUGAAGCAACAACUGGCUGUAGAGUUCUCUGCCCCAAUCGGGUGUGAAGAGGGGGUUCGUAUGUUGGAGGAUCCCGGAAGGAGGCAGGUGCGCUCUGCUGCGAGAGCUCUGCUCAGCGCGGCUAUGCUGCCGGAGAACCGGAGAGCGGAGCUGCUGUCUGAGAUCAGAACCUUUUUUGCCACUGAGAAAGUUACUGAAGAAACUCUGAAGGAGGCUGCAAGUUUGGAGACUAGAAUUUGUAACGAGACCUAUACCCCACAUGGACUGAAAGUGGUGCAGUGCUUUGCAAAGGAUGGCCUGAAAUCCCUAAUGGAACUUGAGAAACGCUGGCGCCAACACUUCCUGGACAACAUGCAGCCCAAAUUUCUCCCACAGCAGUGGUCUGUUGACCAUAACCACAGUAAGCUGAUCAGGAAGUAUGGUGAAGAUUUACCCAUCCACCUUGGAUAAGACUGUUGUGAGAAGUCGGACAACAAAACGGACAGAUUGUGUUAAGUGCUGCUAAGAAUACUGACUUCUACCAGAACCAUUCAGACCAGUAAUGGGUAACCAGUAGCUUUCCCUUUUACAUACACCGUAAUGCCGUUCCAGUUGCGGAUAAAGAAUGUGCUGGGAGUUUUCAUUCGGCAACACUGGGACGUCAUUAUCCAUGCCUGGUUUUGAAACUCAUCCCAGUUUUGUGGGGUUAAAGGUUAAUUCUUUUUUUUUCUUCUUUUUUUUUUAAAUUUUGCUGUUAUCAAAGAUCUAUUUAUUUUUGACUUGGUGACCUAAACUUGUUGCCUAUUAGAAGCUAUUUUUACCUUUUUUGCAGCAUUUGAGGACCUGUUGGUGUUUUCAGUGCCGCAAUAGUGUAAUUGUGUUAAUAAUGAAGAGGACUAUGCCUAAUUAAGUGUAUCAAUUUUUUUAUAUGUAUAUAUUUCUGUUGUGUUUGUUUGGUUGUUGGUACAUCUUCCACCUAGUGUCUAAUGUCAAAGGACCCUAGAUGUGUAACUUAAGUAGGCAGAUCAUUUAAUGAGUUUCUCAUGCGUUGGGUUUCUACAAUGUAAUUUGGCUUGGUAUCAAAUAUAUUUUUCUUUUUUUAAAUAAAUCCCAAGUCACGGGCCCAAAAUAAACAUCUGUUGCUUUACUUUAGCAACUGAGCAGGUAUGCAAAUUUGAGCACAAAGAAUGUGAAGGAAACUACACUUUUAAUCACAAGCUAUUCUCUCCGGCUUAGCGUCUCUUUAAGGGAUGUGGUUUCUCUCCCAUUAUGGUAAUUUCUGCUGAGCCAUAUUUCUGAUACAUGGACUCCCUGUUUAUGUGAAUCGGUUUGAUUUUUGCCUUUUUUUUUUUUUUUUCUCCCAUGUGACCUAUUUAUUAUAUUUGUGUGGAGAAAUCUGAUAUUUGACUCUUUAAGUACUGACUUUUUUUUUCUUCAAAAAUAUAAAUUAUAUAAAUUUC